AUGUCGUUCAUACGUGUCGCACGGUCUAUGCAGUGGGGUGCGGGCAGGUGGGCAUUUUCACGGAGUGCACCUAACGGGCAAGCAUCUUGCACGCGACUCAUUACAGGUAUAAUUUCUGCAGGAAUUGUACUGGGAGUAUAUACUGGCCAUGCACUCUCGCACCCGCUAAACCUUGACUCUGCGAGCUCGGACAAGAAGUCAGCUGCGCACAGGGACUCUGCUCCGAAGUACAUCUUCUACCAGGAGGUUCAGAAGCAUAACACACCCGGAAGUUGUUGGGUCAUCAUCGAGGGCCAGGUCUACGAUGCCACUUCGGUGCUUAAAUGGCAUCCAGCAGGUCCGACAGUAAUUUUGAAGAACUCAGGAAGGGAUGCGACGUAUGUACCUAUUAUCCGCUCGCCGCAAACUGGUUAUGACACCUCUGGACACACUGGUACAGGAAGGUGUUUGUUCCUGUCCACCCGCUGGACACGCUCUCGCAUCUUCCACCUGAAGCGCAUCUUGGACCCGUCUGAGAACACCUAG